AUGUUCAGCGCGCGAUUUUUGGAAAAAUGGUGGGUUCGCGCGUUCAUCGCCCUAAUCUGUUUCUUCGGAUGGCAGCUGUUCUACGCGCUUUCAAAAGUCCAAAGUCUCGAUGAGGAGAAGGCGCGUCUCGAAGCGACGAUUGACGUAAUGACGAGAAAAAGCGAUGAAUUGCGCAUUCAAAUAUUGGAAAAAGAGCGAAUUUUGACGCGAUUGGCCGGCAGACUUAAUGAAAUCGACAAUUUAAUAAAAGAUCAUAUAUCGUUGAUUCCACGCGGACGGGAGACGCUAGUGCCGAUCUAUUUCAUAACGCCGACGAAUUUCCGGGCGGCGCAAAAGGCCGACCUUACAAGGCUAUCAUAUACGUUAUCGCACGUGCCGAAUCUCCACUGGAUUGUUGUCGAAGACGCCGACGAGCAAUCGAAGUCGAUUCGCGAGAUUCUGAUGCGAAGCAAGGUGCGUUUCACGCAUCUCAACGCGAAAACGCCGACCGAUCGAAAAAUGAAGUACAACGAUCCGAAUUGGUAUCUGCCGCGCGGCGUCGAGCAACGCAAUUCGGCGCUCGCGUGGAUUCGAACCCAAUUGGCCGCUCAGAAGAAUGGCAUCGUGUAUUUUGGCGACGACGACAAUAGCUACGAUUUGCGGUUGUUCGGCGAAAUGCGAAAAGUGCGAAAUGCCGGCGUUUGGCCGGUCGGAAUUGUCGGAGGUUUGCUUGUCGAGACGCCGAUUUUGGCCGGCAACGGCUCGAUUGUCGGCUUCAACGCCGUCUGGAAGCCCGAACGACCGUUUCCAAUUGAUAUGGCCGCUUUUGCGGUCUCGCUGGAGCUUGUGAAUCGCAAUAAAAACGCGCAAUUCUCGUAUGAGGUGCCGAGAGGAUAUCAGGAAUCAACGUUUCUCGAGAAACUCGGCAUCCAUCGAUAUAACAUGGAGCCAUUGGCGGAAAAUUGCACCAAGGUUUACGUGUGGCACACGAGAACCGAAAAAUCAAAGUUAUCGAAGGAAUUGGUGAAGAAGCUCACCGAGAAGGCGGGCUUCACCGAAUUGGAAGCGCAAGCUGUUGGUGCUGAUGAUGAUGCUUGA